UUUUGGUGGAAUUCGGUUUCCUCUCCGUUUUUUCACUCUUUCCGUUAGUGGGCAAUAACAGUGGCAAAGUGGGGCGUACUAACGCAGGCACGGCUAGCAGGACAGGUCUGUGAAACCAUAAAUAUUGAGAAAGCCGUGGCAAUACCAGGUAUGAUAACUCUCUUCGAGAUUCGUAAUCCAGCCUGCGAACACGAGGUGUGUUACAUCUAUUUAAACUGCCCUAUGCGAAUUAUAGAAUCAGGUUUGGUGUGUAUCUUGGCGCUGGACCUUUCGACCCCCACACUCAUCAAAUCUCCUACCCUGGUACUAAUGUACCUGUCCAAGCAGUCGACCAGCGACCUUGUCGACCUCACAGAUCGUAUCACACGUACCAGUCCUUUUUAUUCAGCUGGAGGAGGGUUUGGCGACAUCUGGCGCUGCACGCUACAAACUGGUGCAAUGCAGGAUGUGGUUGCAGUCAAAGCGAUCAGGUUUCAACCUGGUGAGGUCGAUGCAUCACAGGAAAAGGCGCUGCGACGUGAACUUGGAACAUGGAAGAGACUUGUUCAUACGAAUAUCUCGCCGCUGCUAGGCAUAGCCAGAGGUUUUAGCCCUUCUAUAUCUAUGGUCUCGCCUUGGUACGAAAAUGGUUCACUGGCAGCUUAUCUCCAGAAACAUGAAGGUAUUGUUCUGUCUGAUCGCCUCCGCCUACUUCAAGAUGUUACAAUGGGUCUCCAUUAUCUGCAUGGUAUCCCAGUGGUUCACGGCGACUUAACCCCAAACAACGUGCUCCUGAACAACGACAAAAGGGCUGUCCUCAUAGACUUUGGCUUGUCAUCCAUGCUUGGGGAUGUCACGGGCUUCUCAUAUCUUGAACGGUCUUGUGCUCAACCAGGAGCAAUUCGCUACAGCGCUCCCGAGCUUCUGGUUUUGACAGACUCUGACACAUCUAUCCAACCAGACAUUCGAAGUGAUGUCUACUCAUUUGGCUGUCUCGCACUUAAAGUCCUUUCGGGAACUGAGCCCUGGGCUGAUGUCAAACAUUGGAGAUCUAUCAUCGUCAAAGUGGCAGAUGGACACACACAACAGAGGCCUGCCUGUGGACCAGUCUUAGAUGAACACUGGCAACUAAUCCAACGAUGUUUCUUACAACCUGGUGCUCGACCGUCCACAUGUAACAUUCUUAAGUUUCUUAAAACAGAAUUGCAGUCGAAAGAUCAAAAAGUGUUGGCUAUGAAUCGAUCGACUGAAUGUUCUAAUCGAGAUGAAGCUACGACAUCUUUCAAGUACAAAACUACUGUCAAUACAUCUCAUUUGACACAAGCUUCUGGGACAAGUCCCAUUAUUAAUGCUGGGAAAGGCUCUGCGCGCAAGUUUAGUUUGAAAUUUUUCCGCCGUAACAGCGCACAGUCGAUGAAAAUACGAGACGCAAAUAUCGAACAAGAAAUUACGGGUCAUUUCGCUGUUAUUGCGACCUGUUCGCUGAAGAUAGUGCAAGACUUUGUCAUACCUCCUGGGGGCCUUGGCAAUACUUUUCAGUGUAUCUUGCGGAACAAGGCUUUCAAAAAUGAGAAGGUCGCUGUCAAGUCCAUCAAGGUACGAGAUGACGAUAAAGGGAGCAUUAAGGAGGCUCAGAAAAUCAUCCUGGCGGAAGUGCAGGGCUGGAUAUCUCUCCGCCACGAAAAUCUACUGCCUAUCUACGGCACUACUACUGGGUUCGGUUCUAGCCUUCCCUGUUUGGUAUCGCCUUGGAUGGAGAAUGGAUCCUUGACCAGCUAUCUAAGUGCCAUGAAUCAAACUCUCACAAGCGCUGCGAAAUUCUUGCUUCUAUCUCAUGUCGCAGCUGGGCUCCGCUUUCUUCAUAGUAAUACCAUAAUUCACGGCAAUCUCAGUAGCAACAAUGUUCUCAUUGAUAAUCGCCAUACCGUCCGUCUCGCAGACUAUGGCCUGUCUUCAGUCGUAUCCAUGUGUGGCGAACUUUUUCAGUCCUAUCAUUGUGGUGCUUUGCGCUGGACGGCCCCGGAACUGAUCAGCGGCAAUGAGCAGGAGCUCGGUAACGAGUUAAGCCGUUACAUCGAUAUCUAUUCUUUCGGGUGCAUCAUGCUUCAUUUACCAUACUGGUGGCUGGACGAUGUUCUGCGCGUGGUUUCUGCGCGACACAAUGGCGUGAGUCCAGUUCGUUGCGGAAUGGAGGUGCAUGAGGGAUAUGUGGAAUUCGUCCACCAUUGCUUGUCGGUUUCUCCUACGGACCGUCCAACAAUAGAUAAGAUCGACGGUUUCAUUGCAAGAUCUACGCGGUCCAUUGUAAAGUAGAGCCGUAUUCCACUCAGGUUGAUAGUCAUACACAACUAGAUGCCCAUAAGAAAUAUACAAUAUCUGAUCAACACAAGGUCCAUUAGAGGGCUGCGCCAGCAGUAUAACCUGGGUCCCACGACCGAGAUCUUGCUAUCUCUCUCUCUCGCCACCGACUCUCGAAGUAGAUAAAGGUGACAACAAUAUCAUCCAAGAUGGGUACAGCCUCUGGUGGUAUAAGAAGCGCAGCAGACUUCUUGCGCCUGAACAGAGCUGGCGUGAGCGUGGUGACAAAAGUGGCAAUGCAUGCCUGUGAGCGAGCGACCUUUAAUGGCACAAGCUGGUCAUAUGCA